AUGGUUUGUCACUGGCGAGGAGACCUGGGAUCCUGGCGACUACUACUCUCGCUUCUGCUCCUAGCAGCCUGGAAGGUGGGGAGCGGCCAGCUCCAUUACUUUGUCCCGAAGGAGGCCAAACACGGCACCUUCGUGGGCCGCAUCGCGCAGGACCUGGGGCUGGAGCUGGCGGAGCUGGUGCCGCGCCUGUUCCGGGUGGCGUCCAAAACACACGGGGACCUUCUGGAGGUAAAUCUGCAGAAUGGCAUUUUGUUUGUGAAUUCUCGGAUAGACCGCGAGGAGCUGUGCGGGAGGAGCGCGGAGUGCAGCAUCCACCUGGAGGUGAUCGUGGACAGGCCGCUGCAGGUUUUCCAUGUGGACGUGGAAGUGAAGGACAUUAACGACAACCCGCCAGUGUUCCCGGUGAAAGAGCAAAAGCUAUUUGUUUCAGAAUCCAGAAUGCCAGACUCUCGGUUUCCGCUAGAGAGCGCGUCUGAUGCAGAUGUUGGCAACUCCGUGUUAACCUACAGGCUUAGCUCUCAUGAUUACUUCAUGCUAGAUGUGAAUUCAAAGAAUGAUGAGAAUAAACUGGUUGAGCUCGUAUUAAGAAAAUCCUUGGACAGAGAGGACGCUCCUGCACACAACUUAUUCCUGACAGCCACAGAUGGUGGCAAACCUGAGCUUACAGGGAGUGUUCACCUGCUGGUCACAGUGCUGGAUGUGAAUGAUAAUGCUCCCACUUUCGAGCAGCCUGAAUACGAAGUAAGAAUAUUCGAAGGGCCGGACAACGGAACGACAGUUAUCAGACUGAAUGCUUCUGAUCGGGAUGAAGGAGCGAAUGGGGCAAUUUCAUACUCUUUUAAUAGCCUUGUUGCACAUAUGGUUAUUGACAACUUUAGCAUAGAUCCAAAUACAGGAGAAAUAGUGAUUCGGGGUAAUUUGGAUUUUGAACAAGUAAAUUUAUACAAAAUCCGCGUUGACGCAACGGACAAAGGCCAUCCUCCCAUGGCGGGUCAUUGUACUGUUUUAGUGAGAAUUUUGGAUAAAAAUGAUAACUUCCCUGAGAUAACAUUGACUUCCUUAUCGUUACCUGUGCGUGAAGACGCUCAAUUCGGUACUGUCAUCGCCCUAAUUAGCGUGAACGACCUUGACUCACGUGUCAACGGGCAGGUGACCUGCUCCCUGACGCCCCAUGUCCCCUUCAAGCUGGUGUCCACCUUCAAGAAUUACUACUCGUUGGUGCUGGACAGCGCCCUGGACCGCGAGAACGUGUCAGCCUAUGAGCUGGUAGUGACCGCGCGGGACGGGGGCUCGCCUUCGCUGUGGGCCACGGCCAGCGUGUCUGUGGAGGUGGCCGACGUGAACGACAACGCACCAGCGUUCGCGCAGUCCGAGUACGCGGUGUUCGUGAAGGAGAACAACCCGCAAGGCUGUCACAUCUUCACAGUGUCGGCGGGGGACGCGGACGCGCAGGAGAACGCGCUGGUGUCCUACUCGCUGGUGGAGCGGCGGGUGGGCGAGCGCGCGCUGUCGAGCUACGUGUCGGUGCACGCGGAGAGCGGCAAAGUGUACGCGCUGCAGCCGCUGGAUCACGAGGAGCUGGAGUUGCUGCAGUUCCAAGUGAGUGUGCGCGACGCGGGCGUGCCGCCUCUGGGCAGUAACGUGACGCUGCAGGUGUUCGUGCUGGACGAGAAUGACAACGCGCCGGUGCUGCUGGCGCCUCGGAUGGGUGGCACCGGUGGCGCAGUGAGCGAGCUGGUGCCGCGGUUGGUGGGUGCGGGCCACGUGGUAGCAAAGGUGCGCGCGGUGGACCCCGACUCGGGCUACAAUGCGUGGCUUUCGUAUGAGCUGCAGCCAGCGGCAAGCAGAACUCGGUUCCCGUUCCGCGUGGGGCUGUCCACGGGCGAGAUUAGCACGACUCGUGUCCUGGACGAAGCGGACUCUCCGCGCCACCGCCUACUGGUGCUAGUGAAGGAUCAUGGUGAGCCGGCGCUGACGGCCACGGCCACGGUGCUGGUGUCGCUGGUGGAGAGCGGCCAGGAUCCAAAGGCGUCUUCGAGGCCUUCGACUGGCGCUGUGGGUCCCGAAGCGGCGCUGGUGGAUGUCAACGUGUACCUGAUCAUCGCCAUCUGCGUGGUAUCCAGCCUUCUGGUGCUCACACUGCUACUGUACACUGCGCUGUGGUGCUCAGCGCCGCCCACUGAGGGUGGGUGCCCGGCGGGCCAGCCCACUCUGGUGUGCUCCAGUGCGGUGGGAAGCUGGUCAUACUCGCAGCAACAGCGGCAGAGGGUGUGCUCUGGUGAGGGGCCACUGAAGACGGACCUCAUGGCCUUCAGCCCCAGCCUUCCUCCUGAUCUGGGAUCAGUUGAUGUCGGCGAACAGCAAGAUUUAAAUGUUGAUCAUGGCCUCAAAGUAAGUCCAUUUAAAUUUAGAACUCAUAAAUUCUAUUUGUGGAAAUUGUAA